ACUUUCGGCUUACGAAAAGAGAGACGGAACAGAACAAAACUAUUCCUCGACGACCAGAGCCAAAAGAAAAAAAAUCAUUCUCUGAUCUCUUUCUUCAUAUGUUCUGUCUUUUUAUAAGCCUUUUCAGAUAAAUUUCAAGAAGAAGAUGGAUGACGUUAAAGAUAAGCUUAAAGGAUUCAUGAAGAAAGUCAAUCUCUCUUCCUCCUCCGGCAAAUUCAAAGGCUCUGGUCGAGUUCUCGGAUCUUCUUCCUCCUCUGCACCCGUUAACCCGAUUCAAAACCGGUUUAACCCUCCCCAAUCUUCGAAUCCGACUCCUAGACCCACCAAACCUUCUCAUUCUCCAUCAGCUCCGUUACCUGAGAAACCCGUAACUUCCGGGUCAGAGAAAAAACCGGAUCCUGAUCCGGUUCGUGCUCCUCCACAAGACGGGUUCGACCCAUACGGCGCGUUCAUCACGUCUUCCAACAGAUCUCAAAACGGAUACUCUCUGAACAUGUUCGAGUGUCCGAUCUGCGGCAACCCUUUCAAAACAGAGGAAGAAGUCUCCGUCCACGUGGAGGAGACCUGUCUCGGUGAAACCACAACCACCACCAACGGAGACGAGCCUGCAUCCGAGGUGGAGAAGCUUGUGGUUGUGUAUCUCUCAGGGAAACCGACGGAGAGCUCGGUUGAUGUUUUGCUAAGGUUGCUUAAGAACAUAGUGAAGGAGCCUGAGAACGGUAAGUUUAGGAAGAUUAGGAUGAGCAAUGCUAAGAUUAAGGAAGCUAUUGGUGAUGUUGCGGGAGGCGUUGAGCUUCUUGAGCUCGUUGGGUUUGAGUUGAAAGAGGAGAACGACGAGGUUUGGGCCGUUAUGGAUGUUCCCGGAGGAGACCAAACUCAACUGAUUAACGAAGUUGUCGGAAUGUUGGAAAAAAGAAAUGAUGAGGUUCUUCCGGUGGAGCCAGUUGCUGCUGCUCCAAAGAAGAUCGAUAGAGAGAUUCGUGUCUUCUUCUCGGUUGCGGAGAACGUAGCGUCGAGAAUAGAGGUGCCUGACUCGUUCUAUAGCCUCUCUGCGGAUGAGAUCAAAAGAGAAGCGGAUCUGAGGAGGAAAAAGAUUGCGGAGUCGCAGCUUUUGAUCCCGAGAUCGUACAAGGAGAAGCAAGCGAAAGCAGCUAGAAAGAGGUACAAAAGGAGUAUGAUAAGAGUUCAGUUUCCUGAUGGAGUUGUGCUUCAAGGUGUCUUUGCUCCUUGGGAACCUACCUUUGCUCUCUAUGAGUUUGUGAGUUCUGCUUUGAAAGAGCCAAGUUUGCAGUUCGAGCUUUUGGAUCCUGUCCUGGUUAAACGGCGUGUGAUUCCGCAUACUCCAGCCCCGGGACAGAAGCCAAGAACCUUGGAGGAUGAAGAGCUUGUUCCCUCGGCGCUAAUCAAGUUUAGACCCAUUGAGACUUCCUCUCUCGUCUACACCGGUCUAUGCAAUGAACUCCUGGAGAUCAGUGAGCCACUCACAUGAUCAUUUCGAGUUCCACGGAAGACUUGGCAUCAAAACGGUUUUAAGUUUUUUUUUUCUAUUUUUAUGGUGUGGUUGAUUAUUCUGUGUUUGUGAUUCGAACAUAUUAUAGGGGUUUUAUGGGGGGGAAAUUGUGUAAUUUGCACAAUAAUUAGAAUCAAAUUUGAAGAUUCAUCAUA